UGAGAUUUACCCUGACUGAUUUCCCCUUCAUACGUCCACGCCGGGUCCCGCCGAUCGGCGGGUAGUGGUCUGAUGUUGCUGCGGACAUGUCGGGCAAGCGCUUCAAUCGCCGGCGAGGUGCUGUCAAGGCCAGCGACCUGCCAGAGGAGCCCAGCACGUCGAGCACGAGCCCUGCACAGCCCGUCGCUGGCUCCCACGCGCGGGCGGCGCGGCCGCGGGCAGCGUCGCCAGUCAAGGAGGAGUCUCCCAGCGCCAAGACGGAUCCCAAGAAGGCCGAUUCUCCGCGGGAGCAGCUCCUCACCCGGCGGCCAGGCCAGACGAUUGUGGAGGCUCUGAAGGAGACCACCCACCAUGUCUCGGACAAGUUGGAGCAACACUUUGCAGGAUGGACUCCGAAUCGGGAGAUGGCAGCACAGAUGCGGCAGAAGCAGAAGUUGGAGCAGGAGCGCAAAGAGAAGGGCCUCUAUGUGGAUCAGAAAGGGUCCUAUGCUGCGCCGGCCGUCGCACUUCCAGGGGCGCUUGUCCCCAAGGGCGCCCUCCAAGCCGACGAGGCAGAGAACCAAGAAGAGCUUCUGAAGCAGAUGGAGAAAGCCGGUGAGCCUGGAAGCAACUACUGGAGCCCCGCCAUCAUGAAAUCGCAGAUCAACGACAUGUUGCAUCAGCUCCACACGGGUGAAAUGGAAGAACUAUUGGGUGAGCAGAUCGAGAUGCUUCGCAAUGCUUGCUCCAAAAACCAAAACCUUGCCAAGUGGCUGCAGAAUCACGACCGAGAGACCAAGGACUUGCACGAUGGUGUGAAGUCCAUGGUCGAGGGUCUCGAGCAGCGCGUGGAGAAGACAGGCAAGAAGACGGAGACCACCCUCUAUGGAUGUCAGGAUAUGGGCGAGCGCAUGGUCUCCCUGAUCAACGCUGCCUUCGUGGAGCGCGAGCGCGUGCGGCAGCUGCUCUUGGCGGACGCCGACAUCGUGGUCACCGAGGAGAAGAAGCAGCAGCUGGAGGAUCGACGGAGGAUUGGACAAGAGAUGAGCAACAAAGUGCGCAUCAUGAAGCAAGAGGAGGAGGAGCUAGGCUAUGGUGGCAUCCCGGAGCCACCGCAGAUCGCCGACUUGCGUGUAAAGAUCGAGAAGAAGACGAGGAAGCAGCAGAAAUUGAAGGCCGAGCAAGAACUGGUGCAACAUCGGCUGAAGUCUUUGGAGCAGGCUCUUCAAGCAGUGGAGCGGGGUGAGAAGCCAGAUAAGAUCAAUGCCUUGGAUCAGAACGCCUUGGAGACGAUCGAAGAGGCCAAAGGACUGGCGCGCCAGUCAGCCAUUGCACCCUUGCUAGAUGCCAUGAAGCGCUCACGAGGGCUGGAAAGUCCAGAGCCGAUCCAAGUCUCCGCAGACCUGCUUGCCGAACGAGAGGAGCUGGAACGGCGCAUGAGCGAGGUGGAAGAUGAAAUCGAAGCCAUCGAGAACUUGAGAAUUGAUUGGGAGGGCCAGCGGAUGGCGGUGGCGAACACGGUGCAGAGCAUCCAAGACGAAGCAGAGAAGCGCCUCUCACUCUUCUCAGCCAAACGACGGCGCUCCUACUUGGGUCCUCUGCAGGUGGAGCCACCAGUCGUUUCUCCGAUGCCACCCUUUGUGCUAGAGAAGGCACCCAACAUCAAAGCAGGCCUUAAGCUUCGUUGCAGGGAGCUGCAUGAAGAGAUGAAGCCAAUGUUGGAGAUGUUACCCAAAUACCUGGUGCUGGUCAAGAACGCGGAGCAGACAGUCAAUCAAAUUUGUGAACAGCGUGAGAAGUUCAUCAAUCACAUCAGGGCCUUGAAGCCCAAGUUCCUGAAGGAUCUCCGGUCGGGUGGUGCCCGGAAGAUGGCCUUGGCGGACGCUGCGACGAAGCUGGAGGAAGAGCAGAUGAUGAGUGAGGUGGAAGCGCUCUGGGACCAAGAGGAGGUGAAGCUCAUUGCAGGCCACGCCGCCCUCCAGAAGCGUGCGAACUUCUUCCAGGUGAUUGCUGAAGAGCUGACGGAGGAGUUCACCAAGUUGGAAGAAGCCGUGCAAAGGAAUCGUUGGGCCUUCGAGGACAAGAUGCAAAAGCUGGUCAUCGAUGAGGAGCAGGAGCUAGAAGAGCAGGAGGCCGAGGAGGAUCCAGACGAGCAGGAGGAGGCGCAGCCCAUCUAUGUGGAGAACUUCCUCACGCUACAGGAAGACGAAUCCAUUUUUCUGCAAAAGGCGGUGGAAGCCUAUCGUACCCAUGAUGAGCAAGUCUUGGCGCGCUUCAUCCUAGAAGGGCAGGAGGCGGAAGAAGCGGCGCAGGGGCAGAUGCAGGAGGAGCUGGAGACUCGACAGGUGAUGCGUGACGUACGGCUUUCGCAGUUGAAGGAGCGGCGGAAUUCCUUUGCCGCCGCCUGGAACACCCAAUCCUCCAACGUCUCUGAAGCCUCCAUGUCUAUGUCCUUGUCGGACUUCGGUUCCAAGGAGAACCUUGGAGAGGAUGAGUCGCCCAAGCGAGGCUCUACUGUCAGCAAUCGUCUCUCGGUGGCGAGGGGCUCGCCACGGGACUCGGCUCGUGUGCAAACCAUGCCCAGAUUGAGUUUCGGCUUCUCCACCAGCAGUCGAGACGAGGGCGACGACCGGCUUCAGGUGUCGCGCCCCGGUUCGGCCGCCUCCUCCCGGGCCUCCUCCGACGACAGCGGUGUGGUGGUGAAGAUGCCCUCCUCCCGGCGUGGCUCCGGGGCAGAGGAGAAGUCCAACACCUCUGGGCAAGGCAGCCUGUCUCGGAAAGGCACCUUGAGCGUCACGCACGUGUCCAGCGACCGACCCAAGAAAAGGACCGGCAACAAGGGCAAGAAGCGUGGUGCCAGGAGAGCUUCGACAGUGGCGGUCACCAGAGCGGCAGUGGACUUUACCCACGAUGACAGCGAUCCUGGGGAGGAAGGCGACGAUGCUGCGCGUGCGCCCGGUGAGGGCGACGAAGGGUCGCCACGAAGUCCCAAAGUCGACGAGCUCAGGGACUUGGUCAAGCCGGAAGAACAAGAUGACUCUGCCUCGGACGUGGAUGUGCAGGGCAGCGAACAGCUGCAGAACUUCUUCAAGCUGGAUCGUCAGAGUACGCGCUUGGAAGCGAAGGUGCGUGAGAGCUCUCGACAACUGGCCCAGAUCCGCUUCGAGCUCUUAGGUGAGAACGCCUCACCCUUGGAUCUCCAUCGGCUGAAGUCAUUGGCGGGAGAUGACCGUGCACGAGCUUUAGCCCAGGAGUCGGUGGCAGAGCUACGACAGAAAUGGCACGAGAUCCUUCAGAGGCAGCCCGAGGAGAGUCCGGAUGCCGGUCCUCCAGAGCAGAACCAGACCCAUCCGGGCGAAACCAGGUGGCAGACUGAAGAGGACGCCUUCCAGGAGACCUAUGCCAAACUGAUGGCUGACAUUGAAUCUGUGGCACUGGAUGAUGAGAUUGCCCUUCCAUGAUCCGAGAUGCCCAGGUGGCUCCUGGAUCCGCUCGGGCCAAGACGUCAUGGGACGGUCUCCCUCCUCGAAUGCGGAUGCGAUCGUCGCAUCUACUGUGGAGAGGAAUACUGUCAGUACUUAAACCAAAACACUGUCAGAAGAUUUGAUCAAGGCAUCAAACCAGAAACCUGGCCGGAGUCGACCGGCACAUGUUGGCUUGAAAGCGGCGCAUUUAGCCUGCCGUCGUGCCCAAAAACAUUGGGGUGCUCCUGUGCCACAUGCGCGAGC